CGCUCUAUCGCUAUAUGAAUUCCUUAUUUUAUAUGAUAUGCAGAAAAGUCAGGGUUCAAAGGUCCCCGUUUGCAAGACAAGUAUGAGUUCCCGUCCGUGUCGGACAUCGAAAGAGCGAGUUCUGCUAUCCGACGAAAGCAUUCUUGAUAAAGGCUUUCCCAAUGGAAGACCUUCGAGGCUUUUGCCGCGAUCCCUCUGUUGAGGACGCUCGAGUGGCCGAUACCUUGAUAGCGGACAAAGUUCAGCAUGAAGGAGUUUAUUUGCCUGAUCUCGUUCGCGGGUGUAUGCUGUUGGAGAUUCCGUUCGACCGAGACAUGGCCCGACACCGGGAAUGGUCCCACGACGAGCUUGAAGAGAGAAUAGAGGAUGCGCUGCGAGUUGUCGUUAUGGAAAGGGGGUUUUCCACGCCAUACGCAGGUGGCAAAAAGAAGGACCCCGUCGAAUGCAUAGACUUGACGUUUGAAGAUAUAGCCGGUGGGAAAAGGAAGCGGACAGCGGGCGAUAAUGAGAGUAAAGUUUUGAGAGUUUUCCUCAGCAAACUCACCAAUGGGUUACGGUUGGGGAUGGACGAAGAGAAGAAGUCGAAACAAGUAAAAAAACAGAGCAAGAAACAAGACGGAGGCUUCUGCACUACAGCUCAGUUUCGGCGCCGGUUGACGAAAGCCGGCCUCCGACUGUUACCAGACCAAGACGUCUUACACAUCAUUGCAUCAUCAAAUGGGGGUGCAGACCACGUCGACAACUACCAUUGGCUCGGCAACCGGGUUCUCGACAUUCAGAUGGGAAAUAAGACCGAUCACAUCUAUUGCUAUCUUGCCGGGCAAGUGAUGGCGCGGGCGGCGGUCAAGAUCUCGAAGAAGCACGGAAAACAGGACAGGCAUGAAGUACCAAGGGGACGACGCCGAUAAACUUCAUAUAAAAGGUGAAGAGGUUUUCCGAAGAGCUGCUGCCGACGCCAGAGAUAAAAAGCGGCAAAAUCUCGGUGCCGCUUGAGUCGAGCAGAGGGUAGAGGGGCUCAUCGCCGAGCAAAGGAGCCAUCCUUCCCUUGGAACACUGUUCUGCUGUUACCUUGGACUCAUAUGCAAGAUUCCGUUUCUUGGAUUAAUGUAGCGUUAGAUCUUAGGAGUGGCAUAAUGAAUAUGCCGGACGAAAACUGCAGAGAC